AUGUUCCCCCGAGAGGGAGAGGGAGCGCAGCCGCAGGAGAGCGCUGCAGUGUGGGGCACAGUGUGGCCAGAGAUGGAGGCGCAGACCAUGGAGACGCAGACCAUGGAGACGCAGACCAUGGAGACGCAGACCAUGGAGGCGCAGACCAUGGAGACGCAGACCAUGGAGACGCAGACCAUGGAGGCGCAGACCAUGGAGACGCAGACCAUGGAGACGCAGACCAUGGAGACGCGGACCAUGGAGACGCAGACCAUGGAGACGCGGACCAUGGAGGCGCGGACCAUGGAGGCGCGGACCAUGGAGACGCAGACCAUGGAGACGCAGACCAUGGAGACGCGGACCAUGGAGGCGCAGACCAUGGAGACGCGGACCAUGGAGACGCAGACCAUGGAGACGCGGACCAUGGAGGCGCGGACCAUGGAGACGCAGACCAUGGAGACGCAGACCAUGGAGACGCAGACCAUGGAGACGCAGACCAUGGAGACGCAGACCAUGGAGGCGCAGACCAUGGAGACAAUAGCGCUGGAAAGUCUCGUCCCAGAAGCACGUCCAUAG